UGGACCAAUCCCAGCACAGCAUCUCAGCCGUCCAAUCAGAGCGCUGCGUGGUGAUGUCAUGCGGCUGCUGUGGAGCUGAUGCUGCUGAGCUGCAGAGCAGAGCAGAGAGCAGAGCGGCGAGGCUGCAGGAACAGAUUCUACCUCACCACAGUGUCUUUGCCGGAGAACAGCAGGAACAUGACCCUGACAGCGUACAGAGAGAAGAUGCGAGAGCUCCCCCUGGUGUCCAUCUUCUGCUCCUGCAUCCUGCCUCAACCCAGGGAGCAGACGGCCAACAAGCAGGAAGGCGUGGUGGACCUGAACCUGUGCAACAUCCGGGACAUGGAGGUCAUUGAGCUGAGCAAGCGCGCGAGCGGCCAGGCCUUCGAGGUCAUCCUGAAGCCGCCGACCUUCGAUGGUGCCCCGGAGCUGAGGGCCACCACGCCGCCCCGCCAGAAGCCGUCGCUGGCGGAGAUCCAGAAGAAGCUGGACGCCGCGCAGGAGAGGCGGAAGUGUCAGGAGGCGGAGCUGCUGAAGCACCUGGCCGAGAGGAGGGAGCACGAGCGCGAAGUGGCGCAGAAAGCUUUGACCAAGGACCGCCAGGAGCAGCGCGUCAACGCCAAGCCGCUGCAGAUGCACCUGAACGCCACACAGGAGGAGGACAAGCACAGUGUGGAGGUGAGGAUGAGGAUGAGGAGGCAGCCAUGAUGGAUUCUGGGUGGGCGGAGUCAAACCAAGCCCUCUGACCCAAACCAUCAGGGUUUAUGGGCUCCAGAAGAAAUCGGCCAUCUUUGAGUCCAUUUCAUUCUGAUCAAAUCAAUACUGACGCUAGAAACUGAAUUCAAUAGUUUUUCCUUAACAGAGAAGAAACCAAUUAGAUGUUUACUGGUUUUGGCUUAAAAUAUAUAUUUUAACCAAUUCUUGUUGGGCCCAGACUGGUACCAGGUCCGAGUUCUGGAGGUGGAUCGGAUAAACUGUUCAGUUUCUGCUGACUGAAAACCCUGAUGUAAAACACAACUCUAGCCCAGGGGUCCCCAAACUGGAGCGGGGUCCACUGGAGAGUCAAGAAAGGAUUUUCAGAAUCAUGUGACCCCCUGAGGCGUAUGGAAGGCCAGAAGAGGCGAAAUAACUCAGUAAAUAAUGUGUCAUGAUGGCCUGAUCACAACACAAGCUGAAUCUUAUCCAGAAGCCGAUUUUGAGGGCUGAUUGAGGAGCUGGGAGACUGGAGCUGCUCUGACUGGGAGGACUGGGAGCAGAACCAGUGGAGGACAUGGAGGACUGAGGGACAUUUGUCUCCUCCACCAGGACCCUCGUUUUCAAACAAACGCUGCAGAUUCAGUCAUCGCUGGACAGUUUCCUGUGGCUUUACUGUGCUUUGUUGCCAUGCCAACGGUGCCAAUGUCUUCAUGUGUGAGUGUGACUGUACAUGCACCAACCAGAACCCACCCCGGCUGAAACGGAUCAGCAGGGUUCUGUCUGAAACUGGAGCUGGACCACAUCGACCCGAGCUCAGAUACUGAGUCAGACUGCGCCCCCUGCUGGACAGUUUGGACAUUUUACUGUGAUGUGGUUCCUUGGUGACAUCUAGUGGCGCCUCUGAGAACAGCAGAAAAUCAGGAACCCUGCUGCUAGAACCACAAGAUCUGUACAGGCCCAGUUCUGUUUGAGAACCAGAACCAAGCAGAACCAGUUGGACCAUUCUGGUCAGGAGGAAAACCUGCAGGAGAAAAGACGGCGAUCCAAACGGCUUACAGACCAGAACCACCUUGUUCCAAGUUAUUGUCAGCAAGUGCAACUGAAACCAAACGGCUUUCAGAACCAAGAAUUAGAGUCCAAUUCCUGCCUUCAGGACCGAGAUACCAGUAGAACCAGAACCGGGCCCCAAACAGCCUGACGUAGAGUCAAAGGUUCUGGCCCGGUUUCAGUUCUGGUCCCAACAGAGAGAGGAGAACAUGUUGAGCUGCAGGUAGAGGAACUCCUUCCUGAUGUGGACCAAUCAGGAGACACCACCUGAGUUCUGAUUGGCUAGGACUGAAGUUCAGAACAGAACUAUCAGAACUGUUCUGCUCUGCUGGUACCGCCUAAAGAACGCCAACCCGAACCGACCCGAAAGUCAGACCUGGAGGUGGUUCUGACCCAGAUUCAGAUUAAAUCAGAUAAACUCGGGACCAACAAGUCCAGACAGGUAGAAAAACCUGAGAGACUGAGAUGAGAACCAAGACAGAGAGGCCCGGGUCGGUGGCCUGGGUCGGUGCCAUCCAGCUUUAUUUCUUCAGAUUCUGUUGAAAUUGUCUGACUAUAACUGAAAACACCCUGAUACGGAUAAUGAUGGAUGGAUGAUGGAUGGAUGAUGGAUGGAUGGAUGCAGCUGCUCUUAUCCAUUGGCCUAGUUAAAGGACAUGUUGUACAGAAAUCUAUUUUAAAGAAUAAAGAAGCAGGAUCAUU